UUAAAGUGAGGCUUUUUGAAGUGCAGUAUUUUGGAGUAGAGUUUGAAUCAAGCUGAGAGCUUUGGAUUUGGGGAUUCUCCCCAACGGACUUCUCUUCUUCCUCAACGCUUCUCCUUCUCUUUCUUUACAAUCUCAGGAUUUUUGGAUUUGUUUAUCCGAAACUGAGGAAGAAGAAUUGGAUGUGUGUUUUGGAAGUUGAGAAAGCAUGAUUGGGGAAGUUUUGAAUGGUGAUCUUUGAUGUAAUAGUGGUAUUGUGACGCGAGUUUUGACAGAGAUGGGCAGUCGGGACAUGACUCUGACUCACCCUUUUAAAUGUUUUAAAUCUUCAGAUAUGAGUAACACAAUCUUGAAUUUGAGCCAGACCGGUAAUUUUAGGGAGCGGUAUGUUCUUGGAGAUCAGCUAGGCUGGGGGAGAUUUGGAAUUAUAAGAGAGUGCUCUGAUAAGUUGACGGGCGAAGUUUUGGCUUGCAAGUCUAUUUCAAAGGAGAGAUUGGUUACAGAGGACGACGUUUGGAGUGUGAAGCUCGAGAUUGAUAUUUUGACUAAGUUAUCUGGGCAUGAAAAUGUUGUGGAUCUCAAGGCUGUCUACGAGGAGGAGGAUUACGUGCAUCUUCUGAUGGAACUAUGUGCUGGUGGGGAGCUUUUCCAUCGGAUCGAGCAGCUGGGAAGAUUGUCGGAGCAUGAGGCACAUGUUAUCUUCAAGCAGCUGAUGGAAGUCCUCAUUUAUUGUCAUGAUAAACGCAUUGUGCAUAGAGAUUUGAAACCUGAAAAUAUCCUAUUAGUCUCGAGGUCUUCCUCAACUAUCAAAUUGGCCGACUUUGGUCUCGCAACACAUAUCGAACCUGGAAACGCACUGCGUGGGACCGUUGGGAGUCCUUUCUACAUUGCUCCCGAGGUUUUGGCCGGAGAUUAUAAUCAAGCCGCUGAUGUGUGGAGUGCCGGUGUUAUUCUAUACAUUCUGCUAAGUGGGAUCCCUCCUUUUUGGGGGAAAACCAAAUCGACCAUCUUUGAUGCUGUGCGAGCUGCAAACUUGUGUUUCUAUUCUGAUAUUUGGGAUCACAUUUCGAUGUCAGCUAAGGACUUGAUUUCAGGAAUGCUGUGUCUCGAUCCUGCGAAGAGAUUAACUGCAGCUCAAGUACUCGCGCACACGUGGACAAAGGAUGCUCCUCGGGAUACUGAUAAACUGUAUAGACAAGAUAUUUUCCAAUGUGAACAAUCAGAAGUCGGCAGCUCUUCUUUCUCGAACCUUACUAUUGCAAGGGAUCAGGAUCUUAGUUUCUGCAAUGGAUCGCCACCAGUUGUGAACAGUGAGCACGAAGAUUCCCCCACUUUCUCAUGCCAGUCAUCAUUCUAUUCAAGUCCGAUGAACCAGCGCACACCUUCCUCCAAACGAGAUGGCGUUCAUUCUGGUAGCUGCUGUGAAUCGCACGGACCAGAAUUCUCGUCUCCAAUUCCUUCAAUGCCCAGUUUUACCUUUUUCACCCCUAUGCCUGCAUUUGAACCAAGCGAAGAAUCACUAUGUUUCAAGACCAAAACACUUUCAAUCGAUAAAGAACCAAAUAUUAGAAAGCUUAUCCUACUGCCGGAUUCUUCACCACCCGGACAAGACAAAGGGGAGCAGAAGUCCGAAGUCCGUAGGGGAGGAUGGGCUGCCGGCACUUCAAAAUCUACAAACUUGCAGAGCAAGAGGAACAACACAAUCGGAGUUGGUGAACUCGACCAUCUGGACCUCAUUUCCACCGUUGCUGCAGUUAGCCGUUGGGCGUCCUGCACGCAGAUUCCAAGCGCAACAUCACUGCUACCUUCACUUGUUUGCUAGCUAAGAGAGAACUAGAAAUGUAUUACUAUUUUAAAUUAAACGUAGAAAUGUGUUACUAUUAUUGUUAAAUUAAACUUAUAUUAUUCCAGGAAUCAUGUAUGAGUAUGACUGCAGCUGAUAGGAAUGGAGAGUGUAUAUAUAUGUUAGGAGACAUUACUGAUGUUGAAGGGGCAAAGCUAAGGAUGGAACAUUGCUUUGUUUUCUUGCUUUCAAAUAGAAUGUUUGCUUUGUUGA